AUUGUCCCCUUUAAGCGCCGGAUUGUCCAAAGACUCGCGUUAAUUUAAAGACUGAUGAAUGUCACCAUUCUGCGUACAAGAGCCAUUCCAGAAAUGCCGGAAGUUGUAUGUAACCAUGGUGAUGACGACAAAGCUAGCUUCUCUAUGCAAUACUGUCUGAAUUUCUGGUAUAUCGUGUUUUUAUUAAAUUAAAUAAAAUGAGCGGGGAUGAAAUGGUGCUGGAAUGUCUUAACAAACAACAGGAAAGUCUGAACAUGAGUCAUCGGGGUCUAGUUGUUUUGCCACCUGGUGUUUCGAGACUUGUUGCAUUGAAAAAACUCUUUCUGAACAACAAUCAGCUCAUUUUACCACCAGACGAGAUUCUGCAUCUGGAAAAGCUUGAGGAACUGACACUGGAUAGAAACCAGCUGACCAUGCUUCCUAGUAACAUUGGUUUACUGAAACACCUGAGUUACCUGGGUGUAAACCACAACCCAUUAUCUGGUCUCCCAGAAGCCAUAGGUGACCUGAGACAGCUGAGAGAGCUCUGGGCUGUAGGAUGUGGUCUUUUCUCUAUACCAUCAUCUAUUGGUGAACUGAAGAGGUUAGAGAAACUUGGGCUCCAUAAUAACAAAAUUACACACCUGCCGUCGCAAUUUGGGGGUCUCAGCAGUUUGCAGUGGUUAAACUUGGCGGAUAAUAAACUUGAAGACCUCACAGAUGAUGUUAAUCACUUAGGGUCACUGGUCUUCAUGAACCUGGACAAGAACUGUUUGACACACAUCCCUACUGCACUGACAGACAUGGCAAAUCUGCAGAUCCUGUCUGUUAAAUUUAACAGCAUCAGAUCACUGGAAGAUUAUUUAAUCCCUGGUUUCAGCAGACUUUUAAAACUUGACCUCAGAGAAAAUAUUUUAAUGGACAGACCAGCUCACUGGAAGGGACUGGAUUUUAUAUUGCUGGGAAAUGUCUGAUACGCUGAGGAAGAUUCAUAUGAGAUGAGUAGGAACGGAAAAUAAGCAUCCAUUUGGGCAAAGAAACAUAUAAACAAAGACAAUCAACUUCUUACGUGGAGC